AUCUUUAUAGAGCAUUGAACCCCACAUAGUUCUAUCUCUCUUCAAUCUUCUCUGUUAUUUUUCAUAUAUAAUUUCCUUCUCAAUUGGAAACAUCACUUACAGAAGCUAUCUGAUUCUGACAACAUAUAUCAAUUCUCAUCGAUCAAACCCUAGAUUUGUGGAUUUGUCGGCGGCGGCAUCAUGAAUUCAGAAUUUCAGAUUCUUUGUUGUAUUUGAUUUAUAACAAAGAUUCGAUGUCGACUUACUUCAAUGGAAUAAGCUCAGAAAUCCAAGCUGAUUCAUCUUCAGGACUUCAAACGCUCUAUCUAAUGACUCCUCAAAAUUACAUCGACCAAGGUCACCACUUUGUCGGCGUUCCUAUUCCGGUCGGAUCAAACUCCGAUCAUGAUCAUCUCAGCCGUUCAUCUUCAUCAUCGUUAUCUCGUUUCCAUUAUAACCACUUGUGGGGAGGAGGACCCGCAGCAGCAGCAACAGACAAUUGCUCCAUCCCGGCAAGUGGGACCCACCAAGGUUUGUCGUUAAGCUUGUCGUACCGCGAACAGGGUUUGUCAUCGGGGACAAUGAUACAUGGUCCGGUAAUUAACGGUGUUAGGGAGGACACGUCAGCGUCGAAUGGGUUGGUUAUGCGGUCCAAGUAUUUAAAGGCGGCGCAGGAACUUCUGGAUGAGGUGGUGAACGUGGGGAAGGGGGUUAUUGAUUAUCAGGUGGCGGCGGAGGGCGGCGGAGGAGGAGAAAGUGAGAGGAGAGAGAAAAUAGGGGAGGAGGGAUCGGGUGGAGGAGAGACCACCGGAAAGCGUGGUGGUACUGAAUUGACUACUGUUCAGAGGCAAGAGUUACAGAUGAAGAAGGCUAAGCUUGUGAAUAUGUUGGAUGAGGUGGAGCAAAGAUACAAAGAAUAUCACAACCAAAUGCAGAUAGUAGUGUCGUCUUUCGAGCAGGCAGCAGGAAUAGGGUCCACAAAGUCAUACACAGCCCUAGCCCUACAGACUAUAUCAAAACAGUUCAGGUGCCUGAAGGACGCCAUAUCAGCUCAGAUCAAGGCGGCGGCCAGCAGCCUAGGAGAGGAUGUCGAUGGUGCCACGGGUGCAGAAGGGUACUCGAGAUUGAAGUUUGUAGACCACCAGCUCCGCCAACAAAAGGCAUUACAGCAGCUUGGAAUGAUGCCGCCGCCACAUCAUCACAAUGCUUGGAGGCCCCAAAGAGGCUUGCCUGAAUCAGCCGUAUCUGUUCUUCGUGCAUGGCUCUUUGAACACUUCCUUCAUCCAUAUCCCAAGGAUUCAGACAAACACAUGCUAGCAAAACAGACAGGACUUACUAGGAGCCAGGUGUCGAAUUGGUUCAUUAAUGCUAGGGUUAGACUAUGGAAGCCAAUGGUGGAAGAAAUGUAUUUGGAAGAAAUGAAACAACAUGAUCAAGAAAGUAGUAGUACUAUUAAUGGUAAAAAUACAACCGUUAUUAAUGCUCGAGAAACAAACAAGGAAUUAUUACCCGGAGAAUCAAAAUCACAAACAUUAAUUCAUCAUCAAACUAGCUCCACAUUCCCAUCGGAACCACAAUUAUUGCACAUUCCAAAUCAUGUAUACACUACAUCGCAAGCAAAAGGACUUGUUCUUGAUCCUCCUCGAAGCCCAAAAAAGCCAAAACCCUCUUCGAACAACAACAACAUCAACAAUGUUAAUAUUGGUGGUGGCAGUUUUGGGGCUUAUAAUAUUAACCCUUUGAUUGACGAUCAUCAUCAUCAAAUAGGGGUUGAUCACUUUGAUCACGAGCAACUAGUGGCUGCAGGAUUCCACGAUUUUCUCUCGAACCAGAUGGGAAUGAAUAUGGGAUCCGCAGUCCAAGCAAGUCAUUACGGUGGGAUGAUGAGUAGUGUAUCACCUCCUCAUUCGAGCAUCAUGAUUAAUGGGUAUGACAGUAUUAAUAGUACCAUUAUGAAUAAUAACAGGAAAAGGUUUGCUGCUCCUUUGUUGCCGGAUUUUGUUGCUUGAGGUCCAAAUACUCAAGAACAAUAUUAUUGUUAAUUAUUAUCAUUUCCUCAAGUACCAUUAUAUAUGUAUAGUUUAGUUUAAAGAUACAAAGAAUUAGAUCAUAGUUUUCUAGUCACAUUUGAUGAUCAUAUUGUAUGUAAUUGGUAGUUUAUAAGCAGUUUGUGUAAUAAUGCCCACUCAUGUAUACAUUUAUAUAGGUGGUUCUCAUGUAAUAAAGUUGAGUAAAUCAAUAUAUAUUA